ACUAUUAACCAAAUCAAUAGAGGUCAAGAGUUUAUCACGAAGAAGAAGAGAGGUUCCAAGGCCCCCGAUCUUCAAGGAAACCCAAUAAAAAAGGGCGUCAUCUUGAGAGUCAUGAUUCUCAAACCAAAGAAACCUAACUCGGCCCAAAGAAAGGCUGCAAGAGUUAGACUCACCAAUGGAAGAGUCGUGUCGGCAUAUAUUCCAGGUAUUGGACACAAUGCCCAAGAACACUCGGUGGUGUAUGUGCGAGGCGGUAGAGUGCAGGAUUUGCCUGGUGUCAAAUAUCACCUGAUCCGUGGAGCCAUGGACUUGGCUGGUGUUGCCAAUAGAAAGACGGCUAGAUCCAAAUACGGAGUGAAAAAACCGUCGAAA